AUGUUUAAGAAAGAGCGAGUAUCAAAACUCAGUUACAAGGAGAAGAAAUACACUACAGAAGAAAUAUAUAAUGGAAUAACUUAUGGUAGAAUAGGAUGGAAAUCUUUAGGGUGGAACUUGUGGUUAGGAAUUUCGAUUAGCUGUGUUAUAUUGAUUUGGAUAGCAAUAUAUACCUCAAGACUGUUGUUAAUUGCAUACAGGCUAAAGAAUGACGAUAAUUUGAUUAAUGAAUUAAUGUUUGAAGAACAAAUAACAACCUAUGGAUACAACGUUGGAUGUUUAAGUUUAUCAAUAUUAGCUUUUUGUAGAAUGGAGAAUAACCCAAAUUUAUUGAAUAUUCCUGUUAGAUUGGGUUUAUCUAAUCAAAUUUUGAAGCAAAGGUAUAUUCUCAGGAAUUCAUUAGAAAAAUUGAACGAAAUAAAUUAUCCAAAAAGUAAGAUAGAGAAUAAGUCAAUAAUAGAAGAAAUGAUUGAAGACACGGUUACACUUCUAAAAGAUUUAGUUCCUUUGAACUUUAUACUUGAAGAUCAGCCAAGCCCAAUAUCUCCUGCUCCUCCUCCAUAUUAUGUUCCUAAUAGAACAAGCAUUACAGAAGAGGAGAUAAGAAAUUCCACAGAAAGUGACUCAACCACAUUUUUAGCAGCUAAGUAUUUAUGUAACAAUACAGAAUACAUUUCAGAGUUAUCUGAUUCUCUCAAGUUUAAAGCAUUAAAUAUAAGCAAUCCAGCUAAAUUGUUUGAUUUAGAUUAUCUUAAUGCAUACUUUAAGCAAAAUGAUAUAAUAAGAUAUCGGUCAACAAAUAAAAUACUGACUUCCCACUAUGUAAUUGUUACAUUAAUGGCUAUAAUAACACUGAUAGUUUUUUACUUUGGAUCAAAUGAUUACUUUCAGAAAAAAAAGCGUCUAGAAUUGAUGGAUAUUUGCAAGAAACAAAUCAAUGAUAUCUUUAAUCAGAUACUUAAUGUGGAUGAAGCAAAUAGAGAUUUGAUUAGACGCAAGUUCAGACCAGUGUCAGAGAUAUUUAAGAACUUGAAGUUUGUCUGUGAUGGAAUUAUUAUGGAUUAUAGAGAGGAAGUUCAGGGUGAUAUAAUAUUUUCUUUAGAAAGCUUAUCAAAAGUUAUUGGAGAGUUUCAACAUUGUGUUGGAUUGGCUGAAAAGUUUUGUGAGAUUUUGGAUAAUGAGAUUAACUUAAACAAAAAAACUAUUUAUGAGCCUAUUAAAGUAAAUGAAAUUAUUGAGAAUGACAUUAGUAGUAAUAACAUUACCAAUAACAGUCACCAUUUCUCAGAUAAUGUUACAAAUGAAAUCGGCCUACACUCCGGUAUAAAAGAGUUUAAUGAAAUCCUCUACUCAAUGCUUAAUGUUUUAAGUCCAAAAGUUGACAAGACCAUUUUUUGGGAUAUUAUCCAAGUCAGAGACGAUUCACUUAUUCCAGUUUCCAUGGUUAAUUCCAUAGGUGAAGUUAGUACAAAUAUAAGGCAAGUCAUUGAAGGUAAUUGGAAUCGGAUAUCAUCCUUCAAAGAAGAAAAAAAAGAAUAUUCAUUUCUUACCAUAGACAUUUCUCCUCGUAUUUUGUCAAAGAAUAUCCAGGAAAAUAAAAAAAUUGAGAAGCCCAAUAAUAAUUACGAACCAUACAGAUAUGAAAUUAACUACUUUCUGGAAGCUUUAAAUGGUAUUACUAGAAGUUUCCAUUUAUUGGUGGCCAAAAGAAUGGCUAGUUGUGUUUUUGGAGGUAUAUUGAUUAGCCAUGGAAAUUUUGGGGAUUUAAGAGGAGAAUUACAAGUAAAUGAACUUAAGUAUACUAGAAACAUUUCUGGAAUUACUUUGAUUAUUCCAAUAAAGAAGAAUCCAAAAAACUUUUCAAAAAGCAACUCAUUAGUUAAAAGUUUAAGUAGCAUUGGUAAUCAAGACAUUAAGAUAUAUACUUGUGGUUUAGACUUUAAAGUUUCAAAAAUCAUUAAAAGCAUUUCCAAAAUUUUGAAAGUUCCCUAUUUGGUAAUUGAGAAUUGGGAAAUUCGAGAAAAAGAUGAUAUAAUAGAUUACUUAUUAGAAAGACCUGGUUACUGGCUUAUUGAUACUUCAAUCAUUCAUUUACUAGGUGGUAAGUCUAAAUAUAUCACUAAAUUAUAUAGCCAAAAUUUUUACUUGGAUAAUAAUAUAGACAUAAUACUGCUAACUACUUUUGGAAAAGUUGAGGUAAUCUCAGAGUAUAACAAUGACAUAAACCUAAACCAGUUUUAUUAUUCACUUAAGUACUUUUUGAGUGGUAAAAAAUUCCAAAUUCAACAAAGCUCGUCAAAAAUUAAUUUCGCACAAGAAAACAAAAUACCAUGUGAUUAUAAGCAAAUCAUCAAACUUUUAAAUAGACCAAUUUCUGAAAUAAACGAGGAUCUGUUUAGAGAAGUUGGGCAGAUAAGCCAGGUAACUGGAAAGGAUAGUUUAUUGAUUGAGAACAAUUUUCUCAAACUGGUUAAUAUUAAGGAGUUAUUUUAUAUACAAAAAAGUAAUAAGAAAGAAAAUGAAACAUUAGAAAGUAUAGAAGACAAGAAUUGUGAUAUUAGAAAGCCUGAAAUACUUUUUAAGGAGUGGUACAAUAUCGAUUUGCUUGAGUUAAGUAUUGAGGAAAUAAAAGAAAUUGCAUCGUUUUUGAUAUAUUACCGAUUUAGAGAAGUAAUCCGUGAUAAAGAUGAUUAUGAAGAAGAUGUUCUAUCUUGGCCAAUUAAUCAAAAAAAAAUCAAAAACUUUGUUUCAGAGUUAAUCAAGUAUUACCAUGAAGAAAAUCCUUUUCAUAACUUUUACCAUGUUGUUAGUAUUUCCAUCACACUUAAUAAUUGGUUGGAUAAACCUUCUGUCAGGCACUAUGUAAAUUCAUUGGAGGCUUACUGUUUAAUUAUCUCAUCUUUAGCCCAUGAUUUGGAUCAUCCAGGAAUAACAAAUGAGAUGUUUGGCGAGCUGAAAAUUGUCUCUAGAAAAAUAUUACAAGAAUACGUUACAGAGGAAGAAUAUUUUGAAUAUCUACAAAACAAUACUCUUUCGACACUUAACAUAUAUAAUGGGUUUUCAGUACUAGAAAAUCAUCAUUCUUCCCUAUUAUUUGUAAUUUUAAACAAUGAAUCUUCCAAUAUAAUGCCUCCAUCUACUUCUAAACUCUAUCCAGAGUUAAGAAAAAUGAUGAUUAAUUCAAUAAUUCUAACUGAUAUGUUCCACCAUAAAUAUUUAAGAGGCUUACUUUCAAGCUUUAAUGAAAGUUAUUUUUCAGCUCAAAGCAGUAUGGAGAUAAAAGAAUACAGAAAAAACUUGUAUUUAUCAAUCUUAUUGCAUUCAGCUGAUAUAUCAAAUCCAUUAAUGAACACUAAUAUAUAUCUAAAGUGGUCAAGAUUGGUUUACGAAGAGUUAGAAAACCAAAAAAAGCUAAAGUUAAUGUUGGAUAUCCCUCUAAAUAAUACAACUGACAACUAUAACUACAUUGACUUGCAGACCAGUUUUAUCAAUACAACAUGUAUUCCUUAUUUUCAAGCUCUACUUAAAUUUGACCCAGAACUAAUUCAAGACUGUAUUCAAAACUUAUACUUUAAUAGUAAAUAUUUCACCAAAAUUGAUCAAAAACGAACUAAAGAUUCAACUUUAAGCACCGUUUAA